AUGGUCUUUCAAAAGGCUUGCAGUAACUCUAUAAUUAAUUUCAUCGCAGUUCCUUCAUUUAUUGCUACUAGUUUUUGUAAAACCUCAUCACUUUCACAUAAGAAGACUUAAAUAAUAAAUAUUGAAAUAUCUGAACUUGGGAUAUCGUUGGAGCCACAUUUUGAUCAAACUGUGAUAAGAAUUUAAAAAAAUGACUAUUUCAGUCAAUUGGGCCUGCCUUACAAAUGA